GUCCAUACUUUGUUCAUAACUUCUAGAAUAGAUGCCCAACUGUAUUUCUCUAUUCAUCUCUCAUCUCUCUCUUUCCAGAACAUAUUCCUCUUUUCAGCUGAAAAACACAAGUAAUUCACCAAAAUUCUCUCUCAUCGAUCAGAAAAAACCCUAGAAAUUGCAAUCAAAAAUCAAUGGCGAUGACAGAAGAAGAUUUCAUGGAAGCAGUAGAAGAAGGUUUAAAGCUCUCAAAGAGGUUGUACUUCGGCAAAGACAGAUCAGUUGCGCCGCCGAAACCUCCGCCGCCGAUGUCGAAGUUUCCGAGGUUUUACCUUCCGACAGCUCCGAUGGUUUACGCUGUAGUUUCCGACCCUGGAAUUGUCGAUAAUCCUGAUAUUCCGAGUUACCAGCCGUAUGUUUAUGGUAGAUGCGAUCCUCCUGCGUUGAUUCCUCUUCAAAUGAAUAAUGUUUCAAUGGAGGUUGAUUGUUAUUUGGACACGGUUUUUGUUUCGGUUUCUGGUGAAUGGAGAGUGCAUUGUGUUAUGGGAAGUAAGUCCUGUGAUUGCCGUCUUGCUGUUCCCAUGGGAGAGCAGGGUUCAGUUCUAGGUGUUGAGAUCGAUGUUUCUAGAAAAUCAUUUCGUACUCAAAUUAUUUCCACAGAAGAUGAAAGGAAUGAGAAUGAAUCAGGUGCUGAUGAUGGAGCAUUUCUGAAACCCGAUAUUUUUUCUAUAACAAUCCCACAGGUUGAUGGCGGAACUAACAUUUCCAUCAAAAUAAGUUGGUCGCAAAAGUUGAAGUAUCAUGAUGGUGAAUUUUCUCUGUGUGUACCAUUCUCUUUUCCCGAGUAUGUGACUCCUGCAAGUAAAAAGAUACCCAAAAGAGAGAAGAUACAGCUAAAUGUCCAUCCAGGUGAUGAAAGUGAAGUUUUGUGUAAGACUAUUAGUCACCCUCUAAAGGAACGAAAACGACAAGUGGAAUUUCUGUCAUUCGUGUACGAGUCAGAUGUUCUCACGUGGUCAAAUACAGAUUUUAGCUUCUCAUACAGCGUUCCUACAAGUCAUAUAUUUGGCAGUGUGCUUUUGCAAUCGCCAUCAAUUGAUGAUACAGAUCAAAGAGAGAUGUUCUGCGUGCAUUUUUUUCCAGGAAUCCAGCAAGGCAAAAAGGGUUUUGCAAGAAGUAUUGUUUAUGUUGUUGACAUAAGUGGUAGCAUGCAAGGGAGGCCACUUGAGGCUACCAAGAAAUCGUUGAGUGCAGCCAUGACUGAGCUUAAUCCAGAAGAUUUGUUCAACGUAAUAGCUUUUAACGGAGAGAUCUUUCCCUUUUCGUCAUCCAUGAAGCUUGCUAACCAGGAAACAAUUGAAAAAGCCAUACAGUGGAUGGAUGAUAACCUUCUGGUUGGGGAUGGCACCAAUAUCUCUCUUGCUCUUGACAAGGCGAUGGAAAUAUUAUCAGAUACGCGUGAUUCCUUGCCUAUGAUUAUCCUGAUUACUGAUGGAGCUGUUGAAGAUGAGAGACGUAUAUGUAAUGUUGCAAAGAGUCGUCUAUCCAAUAUGAAACAAAUAAGUCCACGUAUACACACCUUUGGAAUUGGUGUAUAUUGUAAUCAUUACUUUUUGAGAAUGUUAGCAAUGAUUGGGCAAGGUCAAUAUGAUGCUGCCUACGAUGCAGAUAUGAUAGAGUCUCGUUUGCAGAACCUAAUUACUAGAGCCUCGUCUACUGUUUUUGCAAAUAUAACCUUCGACACAUUAGACGAACUUGAUAAUGCUGAGGUGCACCCGAUCAAUGUUCCAGAUCUCUCAUUGGAAAGCCCAUUGACAAUAUCCGGAAGAUACAGCGGGAAUUUUCCUGAAGUCCUCAAAGCGAGGGGCAUUAUUGCUGGUAUGACAAGCUAUGAGUUGGAACUGAAGGUCCACAAGUCAAAGGCAUUCCCUCUUGAGAAAAUAUUGGCCAUGCAACAUAUCAUAAUGUGCACAUCUCAAGCAUGGCUUUUGGAUGAUAAACAACUUGAGGAAAAGGUUGCAAAAAUGAGCGUUCACAGUGGCAUCGUCUCAGAGUAUACAUCUAUGGCCUUAUUCGUGACUGAGACCCUGAAGAAAGAAGCAGAAGUUGCCAUUAAGCAGAAGAAAACAUCGAGCAAAAAUGGAGCAGAAAAGCCUGAUCCUAAACCCCAGAAACUAAAAGUGUUGAAAAACAUCGGUAUUGGGUUUGGAAAUGUGAAGGCAACUGCUGAAAAUAUCGCUCCAGGUUUUACUGAACCAAAACCACCAGAAGCAGCUGAAAUCAUCGUGAAGGCAGCCUCAGAUUGCUGCACCAGGAUGUGUGGAUACUGUUGCUGUAUGUGCUGCAUACAGGCAUGCUCAAAGAUCAAUAACCAAUGUGCAAUUACAUUAACUCAGCUAUUCACAAGUCUCGCUUGUUUUGGCUGCCUUGAGUGUUGCACACAAAUAUGCUGCUCAGGAGGUGACAACUAGAUAUGUCUCCACCACUUCCAGGAAAAAAUGUGUUAUAGGUUUGGUUCUUAAGUGUAAAUUAUCUUUUCUUUUGGUUCCAACCCUAAUUUCUUAUUUUUUAUGUGAGUAAAUAAGAUCAGUUCUGUGCGUAUAGCCGGCUUAUACAAUCUAUGUAAACUUCCAUUAGCAAAAACAUUGUAUACAGAAGUCCAUUGAUCAGAAAAUUUAAAGUUCAAUUGGGUGA